AUGAAUAGCACUAGCUUAGAAGGGAAUAAUUUCAAUGCAAGGCUUGUCAUUGGGCCGAUCCAAGUCUGUGGACUUUUGACCGCUGCAUUAUUCGGUUGCCUUGCCUGCCAGUCCUACCUGUAUUUUGCAAGAUUCACGAGCGAUCACCUCGCCCUAAAAGCAACUGUAUCUGCAGUCUUCUUGAUUCAGCUGGGCCACUUUAUCUGCGUAAUAUCAACCUUGUGGACAAUGACUGUCAGCACCUAUGGUGACCCAUCUCAACUCAUCAAGCUUCCUCUAGCGAUAGACCUGGCCAUUCCGUUGACCGGUUUAACAGUAUUUGUUGCACAAUCAUUUUACGCAUUUCGACUUUGGAAGUUGACUAGAAAUAUUUUCUUACCCAUUCUUUGCGAGAUGAUUUCCGUGGUUGCACAAACUGCUACAUUCAUCAUCACAGCAGGGGCGAUUUCUAUGAGGAACCUCGAGUCUUUUGGAGAAGGUCAAACGCGGAUGAUUGAGCUCUCUUUCAUCGCGCGUGCAGCUUGUGACUUGAUCACCACCGCUAGCAUCGCCUGGUUUUUAGCAAAGAAACGAAACUCUGACAUCAAAGCGUAUGACUAUCCAUCAUCUCCACAUACUAUUCCUUACAUUCGUCAUAGGACGAUGACGAUGGUCGACCGUUUGAUAUAUUGGACAAUCGAAACUGCUCUUCUCACCAGUUCAAUGGCUGUUACAUUGGCAACAUGGUUUCUGGUCCAGAAGCAGCAGAACUUUUUGUGGAUUGGAGCAUGGUUCUUGUGGCCUAAUGUCGUAGGGAACUCCUUCUUAGCCUCGUUGAAUCGUCGGUUGCUCCUUCGGGACGGUGGCGCAAGAGGCGGUCAGAGCCAUGGUAUGACCACAAUUAUGUUCAACGCAGCAGCUACGCAAUCACACGCAGACCCACUGGAGCCGAGUGUUGCAAGAAGUGAAAUGCUCGAUCAAUCAGGACCAGAGACAGAUCUCAAAGUCUGGAGUGGUUCAUAUGCGAGCCGUUUAACAGAUGAGGAAACUCGUUGCUGACCAUGGGCCAAAUAUACGAUGAGAUGAUUUACUCUUCUCAUUUGUUGGUUGACAUUAGGCAUGAAUUGUAUGCUAAUGUCCGUCGGUAACGAUGUCAGAUCCAGUAUAAUCUACUAAACGUCUUGUGGGCCCCACCUCGGAGCAACGACCGCUGGAAGGAAAGGGUGUGCAUGACUUCAGCAAUACAUGAACAAUGUUAUUGGAUGCGGCAACACCGUGCACUACCACCAUGGUCCUGGGUUAUGUGGAGGUGGAGGAGCACCAGACACAUCCUGGCAAACACACAACUAAACUGUCUUCAUCCUUGCUAUCUACCAUAGGUUGAUCACGCUCAUGAGUGAGUGCGGCGCUUUUGCUGACUUGGAAAGUGGGCCUCGUUCAGGGCCGCUGGUUACUAGUAUCCGUAUCCG